AUGCUUUGCUCUGUUUAUCAUCAUAUUCUCAAAAAAGAAGUAACGCCAGGACUUGCGGCUAGUUGGAUUCGUCCUCGUCAACCAGUUCCUCUGUCUCAGCUGGUGAUGCUUGUUGGUGGUCAAGCACCGAAAGCUAUUUCAAACGUUGACACAUUUGAUCCUGAUUCACAACGUUGGAGUUCAUUAGCUUCCCUGCAACAACGUCGUUGUCGAUGUGGAGUCGUCAUAGCGGGAGAUUUGGUUUAUGCUAUUGGUGGAUUCAAUGGAACAGCACGAAUCCGAUCGGUGGAAAUUUAUGAUCCGCGCAGAGAUCUAUGGCUGAUUGGACCACCAAUGGAAGCACGACGAAGCACAUUGGGAGUUGCAGUCCUUGAUGGAUCCAUUGUUGCAGUGGGCGGAUUCGAUGGAUCAACUGGAUUAUGUAGCGCUGAAAUGUUGGAUCCUAGACAGGGUCAGUGGAUGGCAUUGCCUUCGAUGACAACGCGGCGAUCAAGCGUUGGAGUGGCUGCGAUGAAUGGAAUCGUUUAUGCUGUAGGAGGUUAUGAUGGCCAAUCUAGGCAGUGCUUGAAUACGGUUGAACUAUACGAUUCUCGCGCGAAUCGCUGGAGAUCGGGUGAACCGCUUCUCGAAGUGCGAUCUGGCGCAGGAGUAGCUAUUUAUCGCGAUCGUGUCAUCACAGUCGGAGGCCACGAUGGACCAUUAGUCCGCAGCUCAGUCGAGAUGCUGGGCGAUGACGGCUGGAUGCUCUUGCCGGAGAUGUCAGUUUGUAGAAGAAAUGCGGCCAUUGUUGUUGCAAACGGCUUUGUGUUUGCUCUUGGUGGUGAUGACGGCGCAUGCAAUCUUUCUUCAAUGGAAUGUUCUGGAAGUUGA